CUUUUACUCUUCCAUCCCCUCUCUGUAGAAUCACAAUCAUGCGAUUUAACGUUGUUUGGUAUGUUCUGCCCGCUUUGGCAGGCUUUGCAAAAGCACAAGUUGCAGUUCAAACGGGUAUGACCUCAGAUUCCCACUGUGGUGAUGGAUACUGUUUCACAGCACUGUACGUUCCCUCAAGCAAGAUGAUCAACUACACCUUGAUCGUCCCACAAGGUGGCGCUCCUUUGGGUUGGUACGGUGUUGCACAAGGAACAGAAAUGGAAAAUGCAAAUAUGGCAAUCAAUUGGGUAAAUGGUGAUAACACAUUAACAACUUCACACAGAAGUACAAAAGAAAUGAUUGAACCAAAAACAAGUGAAGUAACCGUUAAAGCAUUCUCGUUGAAUUCGGAUAUUUCAAGUACAAUGACUGGUAUGACAAUUUGGUCAUGGAAUAUGCCAAUGACAAACGAUUCCUUGAACGCUGUCAAUCAUGUUUUCGCAUAUUCUCCAACUUCGCCUGCUUCUGCUUCUGUUGAUGCAACUCUCAUCAAGCACAAUCGACAUGACACGGGAAUUGCCUUGGAUCUCACCAAAAGCUACGAUGGCUCUCCACCGGCUUAUCCAAACGGAACUGCUCCUAUGGUUGGCGAUAUGAUGCAAGAUCACACUACAUCCAGUGGUUCGGCGAAUUCGACCACAAGUGCUUCAAACGCAACCUCGGCUCAAAAAAGCAAUGGUGCUUCUUCUGAUAUGCAUGGCAAGAUCACACUUUUGUUCUUGCUGCAUGUCUUGUUCUGCGUCGUGGCUUGGCAACUCUUUAUCAAUUAGAACAAUUCAUCGAUAUAUCUGCCAUCCGUGAACGGUAGCCCGAACUU